AAGCCUUACAAAUGUCCAACCUGCUCAAAGUGUUUCGCUAAUUCAUCGUAUUUAUCUCAACAUGGCCGCAUUCAUUCGGGUAUCAAGCCCUAUAAAUGUGAGAUAUGCGAAAGAAAAUUCACCCAGUUGUCACAUCUGCAGCAGCAUAUUCGUACCCAUACGGGAGAGAAGCCGUAUAAAUGUAUGCAUCCAGGAUGCGGGAAGGCAUUUUCCCAGCUCUCCAAUCUUCAAUCUCACUCGCGUUCUCACAUGACGGACAAACCAUAUCGCUGUAACUCAUGUUAUAAAUGUUAUUCGGAUGAGCAGAGUCUACGCGAACAUAUCCCGAAACACUCGGAAACCAAACAUCUGAAAACUUCCAUAUGUCACAUCUGCGGUAAAUCAUAUACUCAAGAGACAUAUCUAGUGCGUCAUAUGGCAAAGCACUCUCAA